UAUACCUAAAAUUCGAAUAAGUAUAAGUUUCAUUGUGAGAGAAAUAACGGAUUUCAACUGAAAGAUAAGAAUAUCUUUGUGAUCAAAUAUAAGAGCCAGGUGAAAUAUGGAUGCUUGAUGGCACAGAAUAGGGGCAUUGGAGGUACUCACAGCAGAGACAGGGAGGAUAUUUAUAGCCUUCAAAGGUUAAUUAGUAACAAGAUCAAACUGGAUAAGCCAAGUUAUUGAUGAAGAAAGACUUACUGUGCAGAUUGAGCUCAUAAGUACUACAUAAGGUGCUAAUAUUAAGCAUAGUAGCCAGAAAGCUCUGGAACUUUUGAAUAUCCAAAAGUUAGCUAUGCAAUGAUAUUGUUGAGGACCUCCUUAGUCAGCCUAUGAAGAAUUAUCAGAGCAUUUAUGUUCUUAGUUUUGGAUGGAGUUGCGAAGUAGAGGACAAUUGGGAGAGGUUGCUAUGAGAACUAAGUGAAUCAGGAGGGCU